GCCAUUGCUCUCGCGAUAACUUGACAAACAUCCCUGAGAGUUGAAAACAUGGCGGACGAGCAUGGACGGAAAUGGGACCGCUGCCUUGCUGAUACAGUCGUGAAAACAGUAACGGGCCUUGGUGUGGGUGUUGUGUUCUCCGUCCUUCUCUUUAAACGUCGCACAUGGCCCAUGUCAUUGGGUUCAGGGUUGGGACUGGGCAUGGGCUACUCCAACUGCCAACAUGACUUUAGAUCACCAUAUCUCAUACAUGGCCACAUGGCUAAGGACCAGCAGUGAAGGAUGAAAGAUGACGAGAGUUUGCCAUGAAGGUGCUCGUCUGUUUUCCUGUCAUGUUUUGCAGCUCAUUUCUGUCUUGGCACUUAAAUCCCACCAUGCCCAAAUUGUGUUUAUCAAAGGGCAGUCGAUAUAUGUAUAUUUAAUAAAGUGAUCGAGAAAAGACA